AAUUGGCUGGAAAAAUACUCCGGUACAUAUACAUAUACAUCGCGAUAAGCUUUUUGUGCUGUAGGUUCAUACGCGAACGGCGAAACAGCCGCGAGAAACGAGAACACAAAACACUACUACUAUCCAUGGAUCAACUAAACGACGAUGUUUUUCGUCAAUCCAUACAAACCGUAAAUCCAACCCCGGCAGAGUUUCGCCAGCCGCCCACGUUUUCCAGGCCAGAAGCAGAACCACAGGAGAGUGUUGCUGCAAGGAAAUUUCAGAAGGCUGACCGUGAAAAAUUGAGGAGGGAUCGUCUAAAUGAGCAAUUUUUGGAGCUGGGGAAAGUGCUAGAUCCUGAUAGGCCAAAAAAUGACAAAGCAUCCAUUCUCUCCGAUACUGUCCAAAUCGUGAAGGAUUUGACUGCUCAAGUCAACAGACUAAAAGCCGAGUAUACUACACUUAAUGAAGAGUCUCGUGAGUUGACUCAGGAGAAGAAUGAUCUGAGAGAAGAAAAGGCAUCUCUUAAAUCGGACAUUGAGAACCUUAAUGCUCAGUAUCAGCAAAGACUCAGGGCUACAUUUCCGUGGGCUACUAUUGAUCAUUCAGUUGUUAUGCACCCUCCUUCAUAUCCCUUGCCUGUCCCACUGCCAAUGCCAAUACCUCCUGGGGCAAUCUCCAUGCAUCCAUCUUUGCAGCCAUACCCCUUCUUUGGGAAUCAAAAUCACGGUGUUAUUCCUAACCCAUGUUCGACUUUUGUUCCGUAUGUAACUCCUAAUCCUGUCAUUGAACAACCACCCACCCAGUACGUGUCUCCAGCCAUGCAUCCAAGUAAUAGAUUUAAUAUUCCAAGCAAACAAGAUUCAAGAAACAAUCCAUCUGAUUGUCAAGGGGAAAGCAAGUUCGAGAAAAGUGAGGCCUCUGAUGAUGUUACGACUGAUUUGGAGCUCAAGACACCUGGAUCCACACCAGAUGAGGAUUCUUCAUCUGGGCAAAGAAAAUCCAAGAAAUUGCUGACGACGGAAAACAGCCUCACAGAUGUAAGCUCGCCUAGUGGGUGUUCAUCGUCUCAGAGCGCACAGGAUAGCUCAUCGAAUAGUGUAGCUGGUGGGGGAAAGGACAAAGACUGAAGAAGGGCAAAAUGAGAAAAUCCUGGUGGUUAGUCAUGUCCUAUUGGGGUCAAAGUUGUGGAGAAAACCAGAGAUCACUUGGUUGCUCCGAUCAGGAGAUCACUUGGUUGCUCCGAUCAGGUGCUCGUUUACUUGCAUGUUUUGCUUUAACAAAAACAUUAAAGAAACUCGAUACUCAAUUGAAAGAGCUUGAAAUGACAAGACAAGGGGUGCAAAUGGGGUGGAUGAUGACCACAGAAAAUUGAGAGUUAUUGGUCCGUGACUUAUAGUCCAAUAAUUCUCACUUUCCUGUGGUUAUCACCCACUCUCAAUUGAGUUUCGAGGGGUGAGAAUUAUUGCACCCAUUGUCUUGUCGUUUCAAGCUCCUUCAAUUGAGUUUCGAGUUCCUUAAUGGUGCUAUUGAAGCAAAACAUGUACCUGAGCUGUCGCCCGAUCGGAGCAACCACGUUAUCUCCGAUUUUCUCAUCAAGUUCCCUCUCUUUCUGCUUCUUUAUUAGUCAUUUCCUUUUGCCAGCAUCCCUCUAUGGUGUCAAUGUGGCAGAAUAAUUGUGCUGUUUGUGUCGAUGGAAUUUGGUAUUUGCCUGAUACCGAGCGCUUAGGGUCUACCCUUCUUCAUCAUCUGCAUUUACAGGGGAGAAAUGCUUGGAGUCGUGCUAAAUUUUACUGUGGUUUCGCAUAGGAGUAGUUGCAUGUAAAUUGUAAAGACUAUCUAAUCUGGGAUGAUGUAAAACUUCACCUUCACUUCUUGGACUUUUUUUUUUAAUAUUUUGUGAAAGCUAGUAAUAGUUCGCCA